CAAUGAAUUGAUUCUGAGUGAAAAAAUGACGACAUUCGACUUCUAGAUGCAUUAUCAGUAUGAAUCACUACAACAAUUUCAACCACCACAAUCAUAGCAGGACAGAGUCCAUACCCGUGACACCUGUAGGAAUCGCAGAUGAUGAUGCUACUAUAAAUAAAAAGCUGCCAAAAGAGUUAUUAUUAAGGAUAUUUUCAUUUCUAGAUGUCGUCUCAUUAUGUCGAUGUGCCCAAGUAGCAAGGUUCUGGAAUGUCCUGGCCCUCGAUGGCAGUAACUGGCAAAGAGUCGACCUGUUUGAAUUCCAAAGGGACAUUGUGGGCUUGGUGGUUGAGAACAUAUCCAAGCGAUGCGGAGGGUUCCUGAAAUCAUUGAGUCUCCGGGGCUGCCAAAGCAUAACAGAUGCAGCGCUGAGGACAUUUGCUCAGCAGUGUAGGAAUAUAGAGGAACUGAAUCUCAACAACUGUAAAGAGAUCACAGACUUGACUUGUGAGAACUUGGGCAAGUACAGCCAUAAGUUACACCGACUGGACAUCAGUUCCUGUCCACAGGUCACCAACUCUGCUCUCAAGGCUGUCAGUGAUGGCUGUCAUCAGUUAAAUAUUAUAAAUUUAUCGUGGUGUACAGAGGUCACGAAUGAUGGCAUAGAAGCUCUGGCCAAGGGCUGUACUGUAUUACACACCUUUAUAGGGAAGGGUUUGCCACAGGUAACAGAUGUUGGAAUCUCGCAUAUAGCAAGGAAUUGUAAAAACUUGAAAAAAAUCAAUCUACAUAGUUGUUCAAAUAUAACUGAUGAAGCUAUACAGGAAAUAGGAGAACAUUGUCACCAACUCCUUUUUCUAUGUAUAUCAAAUUGUCCAAGGUUGACUGAUGCUGCCCUGGUUUCCCUCGGCCAGGGAUGUCACAACUUAAGGACGUUGGAGGUUGCUUGUUGUUCCCAUUUCACAGACAAUGGUUUCCAGGCCCUGGCCAAGAAUUGCAAUUGCUUAGAAAAAAUGGACUUGGAAGAAUGCAUACAAAUAACUGACUCUACACUGAAUUACCUGUCCAACUAUUGUCCCAAAGUCAGCGCAUUGAGUCUCUCCCACUGCGAGUUGAUUACAGAUGAAGGAAUUCGCCACAUUGGGACAGGAACUUGUGCAACAGAACAUCUCCACAUUCUGGAGCUUGACAACUGCCCUCUGAUCACAGACGCAUCCCUUGAACAUUUGAUGGGCUGUCAGGGGCUGGAAAGAAUAGAGCUGUAUGACUGUCAGUUAAUUACACGUGCUGGCAUCCGGCGACUCCGAACACGGCUACCCAACAUCAAGGUACAUGCCUACUUUGCACCAGUGACGCCACCACCAUCAGUGGGAAAUGGUCGGCAAAGAUACUGCAAAUGUUGUGUGAUUCUCUGACGUCACAGAGCCAAGGUGAUGACCUUGAACGCAAUUAGGACAGUUACAGGGAGGAAUGCAAGGUGUGAUCAACUCGCUGGCCGGCACAGGUGUAGUGAACAUAUACUGAUGUAGUAUUGAAAAAAACAAGAGGUAUUCAAACAUCUCUAUGACUACAUUGUACUGGCAGUGGGUUGUCAGGAAAUUCUGGAAAAAUCUUGCAGAAGUCCAGAUUGCUCUGUGAACUGCAUUUGACUGUGAGUCAGCAGGCAGUCGGGAGUUGUGUUUUGUGAGUGGAAAUGUACUGUGAUUCGAUGUAUCAUGAUUGGACAAGCUUCGCUGGUUAUAUCAAGUCUGUUGCUUACAACAAGAUAUCCACAUGCAAAUUUAUCAAGCUGGUGUAAUAAUAUAUAACCACUGAAUUCAUGAUUAUUUUUGCAGAAGUGUCCAAACUGCGAUUCUUUUGAUGUGUUGUUAUGCGAAAAUGUCUGUGUAAAAGUCUCCAGAUUUACAUAUCACCAACACAUUACACUGCAGCAGUAACCACUCAAAGAUGACAAUUUCGUAAAAUGAUUCAAUCAACAUGACAUUUUUUAACUUUCCAAUGGUAAUUGGAUAUUCCAGAUCAUGUGACUGUGUUAGGGAUCAAAAUAUGCGUAAUAAAUUUAUUCAAUUUUCCAUUCAAAUUUUUAUUAAGAAAUGCAAAAUUUGUAUUUAAAAUGUGCCCUUAAAAUUGUAUUUAAUGAAAGUCAGUGAUUAUAAUCUUAUAGAAAUGAUCGUUCACUUUGUUGGAGGAAAUAAUAUCUGGAGUAGAUUGGAAGAUACUACUUUGAAAUGUGAUUUAAAUGUUUUACUUUAGGAAAGAAUAAUCCUAGUUAUGUUAGUAAUAAGUUACUUGUUUGGAAAUACUAACUCUUAAUGUGAUUUCUUUGGAAAAUAUUUUUCCGUAGAUGUGAUUAUAAGUUUCCCCUGUGGAAAUUUGAUCCAUAAAAUUUUAAUAUGAUUACAAGAUAUUACUUAAAACAAGUAAUAUGUAAUGAGAUAUUACUUCAAACAAGUAGUAUCUAUAAAUCUGAGUACAAGAUAUUACUUAAAUCAAAUGAUAUGUUAUAGAAUAUAACGUAAUACAAGUGAUAUCUGUUGUUAUGAGUAAAUGUACCUGUUUUUCUUGAAACAAGUAUGUGUUUUAUGUGUGUAUCGAGAAACAAAUAAUAUCUAAAUGUGAUCUGGAUUGAUGAUAACUAAACCCUCCGUUUACUUGGAGGUUUAUAAUCUAUUUGCUGAGAAGUAUUGAAUGUGAAAGCCUACCAGUGUAAGAAGUGUUGGGAGACAUAUUAAUGAGGUAGUCAGGUGUCAUACAAAGCACACUCAAAAGUGUCGGCAUGUUACACAGGUUAUAAGCGACGCAUCAGAAAAAGCUUGAAUUUAAAGUAGCCUUUCUGAUAGUGCAGUACAGUGUCUCUAUAUCAUGGUUUCUCUGUAAGUUACUCUUUGUGCAAAAAUCAAAUUUGCAAGAGGAUACUGGAUAAAUCUAGUCUUAGAAAUGGUUUUCAUUUCAUAUUUGUCCAGACUGGCUAUUAAGAGAGGUGUAACCAACUUUGUAGGUAGGUUAAUUAGCUCCCUGUCAGUAUUGUUCACUUCAAACAGAGGUUAAAGGUCAAGGUCACCAGUGGCCUUAUAUGCUAAAGUCUCAGGAUGCAAUAGUCGGAUGCUCAUAGAGUUUAUAUCAUAAUAUGAUUUCUUGUGUAAGUGUAUGAAGUCUUGUGUAGCAUGUAUUUUGGAUAGAGAUAAAACAGCAUGAGAUCCAACCAAAUUUUACAUUACUUCAGGAAGCCUAGAAGUUUCAAAGAUGUGUAGGGAUUUACUAUUAUAGAAUUCCUAGAUAUAGUUCAAAGUGAAUUCUUUCUAUAUGUCAGAGAGUUGUGUGUUUAAAUGAUUGCCAUUUGUAUGGUUAAAGAGCAUUGUUCAAUUUUGAGUUGUUAGGUUUUGUAGCUGAUUUGUGUGAUUCAGGUUACUAUAAACGAUCGCAAUCAAAACAGUGAGAGUUAAUCACCUCGAACAAAGACAUGUAUAAUAAAGAAAAGGAGCAGUACAAAAAAGUUGAUCACCACAAACUUGCUGAGAUACUGAAAUCACAAACGUUGUGAAGUUAACAGCAAUGGGAGUUGUCUCAUGAAGGCUUUGUAGUUGUUUAAUUGAAAAUUAAGUAUGAAACUUUGACAUGAACAAUGCAGCAAAUUCAAAGGGGCCAAUAAUUAAGAUGAAGAUAUUCUAGGUAAAUAAUAUUUAAAACAUCUAUGUAUAAAAAAAAGUUAUUUGUCCUGUUGAUAAGAAGUAUGCAUGUCUGGUGAAUUACAUUUAGAUAUUAUAACUGUAUCGCAGGUUGGUGUGUUAUUUAGGUACAAGAUAUUUUAAGACCAAUGUUAUACUAUUUUUCUAGGGAAAACUAUUGAAGAUAUAUGCUAACUGGUGAAAUUUAUAUGUAAAUAAAACUGUUUGUUAGGUAAGGAAAGGAUUAAUUUAUACGUAAAUAAUGGUAUUUGUUAGGUAAGAUGAGAAAUAGAAUAUUUGGAAUAUUUUUGACACAGGUGUAUUAUCGCAAAUAUACAUGUGUCUUAGUGAUAGGUUGGCCCAGAUUUGGUCGAACAUGCAAAUUACAUAGAUGUAUAUAUUCAAUGUUUAGUGAAACCAUUUGCAGGGUUUAAGACACUGUAUUGUAUACAUGGCUAUUGAUAUUGGUCAAAUUUUGGUCUGUCUUAUAGUUGUUUUAUAUGUAGCUGGUUCUCAUUGACAGAGAAUAAAUUUGAUAGGUUAAUGAUAAAAUACAGUUUAUUUAAAAAUGUUAGAAUUUGGGUGGAAUUGACCUAGUUACACACUUGAACUAGUUCUGUUUGAUCUAGAUACACAUGUUGAAUUUACACACCUGAUCUAUUUACAUAAAUGAGUUAUGCAUACAUGAUUGACUUAGUUAUACACGUGAGUUACAUAUUUGACCUUAUAUACACACGAAAUAAUUAUGUACUGGCUGACAUGUGAAAUGUGAAUUGACCUAGUUUCACAUGUAAUUACAUAUUUGAUCCACAUACACAUGUGAUUGUAUGCAGUUAAAUUUUAUUAAUCUGGAGUCCUAGGCUUGGAGAAAUUUUUUUCUCUGAAUGAAUGAAAAAGAAAAUUUCAUCAAAAUUUAUUCCAGUCCCCAUGUAUAAACAUCUUAAUGUAGACUUUGAAUCAGAAUUAAAGGGGAUCGACUGUAUGUAUGGAAGGCUUGAGUGAGUAGAUCGUAACUUUUUCAUCAGUAUUCCACAAAUUUGUUACGUAAAUAUGUAUCCUCAUGGUGUUGCUUCUCUUCUUUGUAUUUAACAGGUGCAUAUAUAUUAUAUCUGUUCCUAUAACCUUUGACGUUUAGCUCUCUUUGACUUAUAACCCAUGACCUUUUGUCCUCUAUAACCUCCUUAAUUUCUGUUGCUCUAUUAACUUCCUAAUUCUGAUAAACUAUAAUCUAGUAUUAGGGAGUUGUUUCCCCUGAUUUUAGAACAACAUUACAGGCAUUCCUAAUGUCUUUGAGAUAGGUACUGUAAUAAGUGAUGGUUAAUCAUCAAGUUUGUCUCAUAUUUUGUCAUCGGUAAUUUCAACUUAUUAAAAAGACUCAAGAUUUUGUAAGUGGAAGAAUGUGUACUUUCUAUUAGAAAUGACUAGCAUGAAAGAUUUUACACACUGCCGAGGUGUGAAAUUACAUUUCCAGUGUUAAGGUACAGAUGAGUACAUGUUGUUUUCAGUGUUGGAUUUGAAAAAACUGACAGGGUAGAAAUCUCCACCAUUGGGAGAUGUGUUUGUUCUGUCAACGUGAAAUAUUUCCCUGUAUGUUUGAGAUUUGCCUGGAUAAUAGAUUCCAUGAUGUUCCAAAUACCAAAAGACUCAUGAGAGUUUAGGGUUAAAAUGUAAUAUUUUGACACAAGGUGGUCCUGUAUGGCUAUUGUACACAGAGUCAAGCUUUACUGUGACCAUUAUGCUACGUCUUAAGAAUUACACGUAGUGCGGUAUCACUGUCUGCCCACCACAACACAAGAAAUGUCAGCCACAGUUUGAAGUACUUUGAAAAAGAUUUUGAUGGACCAUAACUGUGAACUUUUGAUGAUUAUAUAUGUUAUUAGAAUUUUUAUAAUUUCACAUCAUUACAAAUUCAUCUUCACAGUGAUAGGAAUUAUAUCUGCACCCUCUGCCAUUUUGAUUCCCGAGUUCUGUUGUGGUAGGCAGACAGUGGUUUACAUCUUGUUUUUUAUAUUAUGUAUGUUAAUUUAUGAGUUGUUCAGCUGUGUCUUUCAAGUGAAACAGGAUAGCUUUUAUUUUUGUACGAGCUUAUGUCUGUUGUGAUAGGAUGUGUAAGCUAUGAUAUUAACGUGGAACCUGGAAAGUCAGUCUGAUGUAUUGUGCCGUAUCUGUAUAAGGAAUGAAGUUCCUCCAAAAAAAAAUGUACAUGCCAUGAUAAAAAUUGUUGCUUGUUAGUGUGACGGUAUCAAAUUCCUUCAGGUGCAUUAUUCUGAUGUUCUAUUGACUUUUAUAUGUUGUUUUGGAUUUAUCAACUCUUGAUCGAAAUGUCAGUUGAACAUGAAAUAAUUUUGACAAAUUCCUUGUGGUAAGCUUUGACGGCUGUUAUUUAUCCAACAAUAAAUCCAUGCCUGGUAAAAGCACGAUGAAUUACAUGCUGAUGCCUACAUGUAUAUUGAUGGGCUCCUAGGCUUAUUGUAAGUUUAAUAAGGUGUAUUGUUUUUAGCCUACAAAACACCAACAUGAAAUUUGAUAUUCUUCAGAAAAAAAACACACCAAUGCAAAACAUGUCGUGGAUUUGGUAUUGCCAACAGGUAAAUAUUCUGUCUUUUCGUAAUGCAGAGUUAUCUGCCCUUGUGAGCAGGUAUUGAUUGCUACAUCAAUUGUUUGUGAGAGUGAAGUCAUGAGAAAAUGACAAAUGAUGUAACCAUUAGUACCUCCUCACAAGGGCAGAUAACUCUUCAUUAUGAAAAGACAGGACACCCAUGUCAACAGUAAUACUGUCCUGUCUAUUCAGCUUCGUAUUGGUUCAGACAGAGACAGAAUUACAACAGUAAUUUCAUAAUGAUUUAUAAAGAAGGGUACAUCAACAGUAGUUAUUUGUUUUGACUUAACAGGUUCCACAUCAGGGGAAAAGGUCAAAUUUACAGUAACAAUUAUAGAAAUAUUACUGUAACUAAUUUGUCCUGGCCAGACAUGUUCACAGAAAGUUGAUAUGUUGGGUACAACUUAGCAACACAACAGAUAUGCCCUGAAUCAUGUAUGAUCAUUGAAGCACUUGUUUAUUUGUUGUUAACAAUAAACUGUACUGAAAUGUCAGGAAUAUUGUCAAAUCCUAUAUUUUUGUUGGGUUCAAAUUUCAUGUUUUUCCAAGACAGGAGUAAACAUUGACAUUUGAUUUCGUUGAUGAAUAGUAGGUACUCACGAAAUCUACUAGUGCUUAGAUAAUCCUUCAUCAAUUAUUGUUUUGUUUUGUAACUUUACCACAGACAUAAAAAUUCAUUGAACUGAUGCUACUCACGAUAUCAACCAAAAUAAAUACCUAACGGAAAAUAAAGGAUUUGACAGUAUUUUAUUUUUAUGUGAAGUCCCAACAUAACAAAUCUCUAGCAUGUCUGGCUGGUAUAGAUACUUUACAAAGUCUUGGCUGAUUACUUUGAUACAUUUCAGUGAUCAUAUAAGAAGUACAUCUUAAUAUUUAGCUGAAACAAAAAUAAGAUUUCAUAUUAAUUUCCAUUCAGUGUCAACUGUGUAUAGAAACUUUCAAGGAAUAUUACUUUUCUGUAAAAAUAAUGUCUGAUGAAAAUUUUAUAUUACCACAAAAAUAUAAUCAUGAGAAAACGUGAUCUAAAUCAGGAAAGUGAGAGAACCAGUUUGUUGUCAAUAACAUAUAAAACAGAAUGCCUUAUGGUAUGUUACACUACAAAAGUUUUUGUUGUCAUGUUUCCAUGGUUACCAGUGAUAUGUCUGUAUCCACGGUAAAAUGUGUUUGAAGAAAAGCUUGCUAUGUACUUGCUGUAUUUCCUUGGUUACACCAAUCAAUCAAUCUUUGUAGAUCUAAGAUUAUCUCCCCUUGUAUAUGUUAGCAUUUGCAUGUUUAUUUAUUAUCUGAUCAAGUUUUAUAAGUAAAACAACAUAAUCCUUC